AUGCCCACUGGUGUCGAAGAAAUCAUUGGUCUCGCCCUUGGAGGUGUGAGCCUCCUCGCUGGCUUCGCUGGCGCCGUCGACGGUUAUCACCUGCUCCAUCAGAUUGUUGCUUCAGAUAACGGCCUGAAGGAUAUAGCCGCCGAGUGGCAUGUCCAGUGCAUACUUUUCGCACAAUGGGGCGAAAGUGUUCGUGUUGAUGAUGGAGAUGCAUGUCUCCUACACCACGAGUCUGCACUCGUUCGCGGGGCCAUCGCAAUGGUCAUUGCAAAGAUCCUGUCGAUCCAGCAAAAGAUGGCGCCAAAGCUUGAGAAGUAUGGCAUCAAGGCCUUAAAGUUGCCAGCUGUGCAAGGUCCAAGCGAAGAUGCUUUCAAGAAGUCUAGUGCCUGGAUAGCCAGUAUCCGUGACGAGCUCAACAGGAUCAAGCAAGUCAGAAGGGUCAAGUGGGCACUCAACGACAAAACCGAAUUCGGGGGGAUCGUCCAUGAGCUUUAUACAUGCAAUGACAAUCUCCGAAAUCUUAUGCGGCCUACAGAAGCCAACAUUUUACGCCAGCAGACCCUUCUACUGGAAACGAUUAAGGCCGACCAAGACAACCAGAACACGUUAUUGAGUGUACAGCGGGAUAUCAUUUCCAACCCCAACUCACUAGUUGCCAUUCUUCAUCGCACCAAAGAACUACAGGCCAUAAAGCCUGAGGACCUGGCGCGAAAAGCUGUUUGUCUUGAUGCCGCUCAGGUCAGUUUUGAGAGGAGCUCUGUUGACCCGGAAGCCUUCCAGCUUGGCACAUACGAAGGGCAAAAUGGACUACCUCAGUUUGUCUUUAUGGAGUGGAAAAUCAUUCUGGCAGGUGAUCGCUUUAAGAAUCAACUCAUUGAGCGCAUUAAUGCUCUUGGCGCACUUCUCUCGUUAGCGAACGCUUCUGAGUACCGUCGGCCGCAGUGCCUUGGUACAUAUGACGAUACUAAAUAUGAGCAGGAAUCCAAUGGCUCUCGUAGGAUUGCUUUUGUCUACAGUCUUCCAACCCCAAGUUUUGCCGUACCAACUUCACUGUGGUCACUCUUGCAGGAUGGAACAAAGUCCAAGACACGGCCUCCACUUGGUGAGCGGUUCACUUUAGCAUACCGACUGGCAUCAGCGGUGUACAUGUUCCACGCUUCAAACUGGCUCCACAAAGGUCUACGUGCAGACAGAAUUGUGUUUUCUUCCAAAUCAGAUAUAACCUCCCCUUGGAUCACGGGCUUUCAGUACAGUCGGCCAGCGGGAGACCUCUCUCUUGAAGAAAGGCCGAUUGAUGACCCUCACUUGGAUAUCUACAACCAUCCCGACGUCGGAUUAGGAUGGACAAAACUAAAAGACAUCUACAGCCUUGGCAUCUUGCUAUGGGAAAUUGGCUACUGGAGACCAGUCUAUGAGACCAAGUUUAGGAAGAUGAGUCGGCAGCAAGUGAAGGAUUCUUUGUUAGGUGAUCUACAAGGAGCUUCGGGGGAUAUGUGGGAUGGAUUAGUGGGGAAAGUGUAUAUGGAUGUUGUUAGAUGCUGUUUGAAAGGGGAUUUCGGUGUUAUUAGUGGACAAAGCGAGCAGGAAGCAAAGAUUCUUGGUACGGUGUUUUUCCAAAAGGUGCUUCGCGAGCUUGAGGCAUGCAAAGCUUGA